AAAAGAAAUCGUUCAGUGCUUAAAAUGUAGUUUUACGUAGCAUGAAUCGCGACUUCGUAUACGAUGACGAUAGACCAACAGUCUGGUCGCGAGCUGGUUCCACUUUGAACAAGUGGAUGUGGGGCGCUCUUUGUUGCGGUGUUCCUGGUAUCCCGUGCUAUUUUUGCAGCUGCUGUGAGAAAUUCGAAGACAGAAUGGAGAGAGAGAGGCCAAGAGUUAACCAAGGUACCGUAACCACAGAACGCAUGUCGAGACAACAUCGCCCGCACGCACCUCGUGGUAGAAAAUCUACGCCUGAAAUGUUGUCUGCCGUUCGAUGUGCUCUGACGCAGUUGCAAGGCGAACCAGCUCCUCCCUUAAAGGUUGCUUCUAAAUCUGAACCUCAGACACCGGAAACUGUUAAACGAUUAACAUAUGACGCACGUAUUAACGCCGAGAAUUGAGGGUUCAUUACAAUGAACCCAGGACUUCGGCUCAUUAUUUGACACGAUAAAAUAGAACCGGUAUUAAAAGUAUACGGCAGUCGCUUGAUAGAAAUAUUUAAUUUGACCUUAGACUUUUCUUCUUUCUUUGAUUUGUUCCCAUUUCAUCAGAAAAGUUGAAGGGCGAAUAGGUCUCAUCUGGUAAUUCAUAGACAUUGAUACUGUACGUUAUGUAAACCAAUCAAUGUGUGGCUAACAAUAACCUAAGAUUUGAUGUACCCUUUCUGUCUGUAAUUACACAAACUCUCUCGUAACCAAAACACAAAGUAAGUCAAACUAUUCUUGGACUUUGUGUGUUGUAUUGGAAUUCGUU